GUAAUAAGUAACAAGGAUUGUGAAUGGCAUAUUUCAUUGAAUAUUAUAAAAAUGAAAAUCAUAAAGAUCAAGAAUAAUCAAAGAAAAAUGACAAAUCCCUAUUAAUAUUAUAAAAAGAGAUUCUAAUUCAAUAUCUCAAUUUGAUACAUUGAUUAUAAAUUAUUAUAUAAGAAGAAAUGAAGAGGAAAAGAAAGAUGAAUCGUCCUCCCAGAUGAAGGACAACGAGCAACCAUGUAAUCAGUAUCGGAUUGAAAGGGUGCAAAGAUUCGGGCUAAAUACACUGCUAAACGGUAGUCGUGCAAUCAACGAUGGGCCAGCGCAUAGCGAGCAAGCCGAGUGGUCAAUUAAGAUCACCGGAAAGUGUCGAUAUGCUCUGCGCGAGCGUCCGAGGACGCGGGCGAGCGGACUCGCGUGCAUCUGCGCGACUGCAUCGCACGCGUGACGAGGAAAAAGAGGGGUGACGCACGGUCGCACCAAGGGAAGCCGUCAAAAUGUCGAGGCUCGUGCAUCCAGCAGGCAUAUCGAGCCAAAGACACGCGAGGGAGGAGUAUUCCUCGCUCUCUCCUUUCUACUUGCUCUCCCUCUGUUUCUCUCUCCUCUCGCUGUGUGUAACGAUCGCCGGUCAUCGAUCCGCUAUCGCAUCGACGCGAUGCUUGGUUGCUCGAGAAAACGAGAGCCUCCCGUUGCUGCGAACGUCACGCGGAUUUUCCUUGAAAAGUAUGCUCAAGAUUGAUCGGAUCUUAUGUUUGAUUAGAUUUGGAAUUUUAGAAUCGAUGAUCCAGAGAUUUAUAUUAACACUAGAAUUAUUAACGCAUGAUUAACGUGAAAUUUAUCAAAAUGACACGCUGUUUUUGUAAUUGCUAAAGAUAUAUACCCGAUGAAAUUAUGUUAAUUUUAUUCUUAUAUACUUUUAUAAAAAAAUGCGUUAUUGUAUAGAAUAUGUCUUUAAAAUAACAGCUGAAUAAAAUUAAUCGAAUAGAUAAUGAAUUAAAAUUUUGAGGAGAAGAGAUUUUUGAGCUAAAGUUCGUAAAAUGAUUUCUAUAUCUUUGAUUGGUGCAAAAUUGUUUGGUACUUUUUCAAAAUGAGUGCAGUAUGUGUUGAUAUAACACGAUAAAAAGAUUACUGCAACCCCCGUACAACAAGGUGAAAAAAAUUACUGCAGUCCUUGUAACGUGGUAGAUAAAUUUCAAAAUACAGCAAGAAACGAGGGACUUCUACUUAUGCACGAACUUUUUAAUAAUUAAGUAUGCUUUUUUACUAUAAAAAAUAAUUUAGAACUCCAUCAAAAUAUUUGUUUUUCUACUUAUAAUAAUUUUUCGAAUUUUAGAUAUCGCAUCUACAUCUUACUUACAUAAUUAAUAUAAAUACAUUUAUUAUAUUUUCAGAAUAGAGAGAAUAUUUUCAAAAGAAAAACGAAUAAAUCUCAAAGUAAGGAUAAAUAAAAUUUAUGUUCCAAAUAUAUAUAACAAAUGACGAAACAAUGAAUGACGAAAUAACGCAUAAUAUAGAAUCACGAUUCAAGUUAAAUCAAAAAGAAGAACCGAUAUGGACCAAUACACAGCAGCCGGAGUAAACGAUCCAUUUAAAAGGCGAGUUCGAACUCUGGGGUAAUCGAUGAGAGUUGCCGAGUGGAGGGAUGGUAGCAAGAAUAACACGACACCUCGAUCAACUCUUCUCUCUUGAACAAAAACACGUUCAAUUUCAAGUGAGACGGAUCCUUUGACAGAGGAUCAACGAGGAGGAAGCUUUUGCAAAUCGAUAGGCUGGCGAAAAAGGGUUUCUUGGGAUAUUUUGCGCACAUCGGGGGAGACAUUGAAGGCCGGAACUCUUUUCGUUCACCUCGUGGCUUGAACGCUCUUCGCUCACCAGGGUGGGGAAAAAGCCACCCUCUUGCUAGACCAGCCCCUCCCUCUCUCUCUCCCUCCAACUCUGUCGGAUUCGUCGAUGACGAAACGCACACGUAAAUUCGUCGACGUGCACGGUGCUGCCGCUCGCAAAAUCAGUGCGAUCCAAGUGCACCGCGAGGCAGGAACACGGGUCUCCCGUGCGCGGCCUAUCGUUCCCGCUUGCGGCACGCGCGCCUCUUCCAGAGAAGUAUCAGUCAGAUAGCGGGAGACGCUCGCGUAAAUAGGUCGUUGGAUACUGCGUUGGACGAAGAAUAAAUAGCCAAGAGAAAUAACUCCGAGGAGAAUAGAAAUUAAAUUUAUGAUUGUGAUUAGAAUGUAUCGAGAGUGACAACGAAAAGCGUAAAAAAUCGAAUGGAAGAAAUCAUAAACUCGAUACAAAGGUGAUAGAUGAUAUUUUAACUGGUUGAAGUGAUUCAUGUAGAUUUUGUCCAAGUAAUUGAAUAAACAUCGUGAAUGAGGAGAAUGAUUGGAGAAUAAAAACGAUCAGUGCGUUAAACAUUGGAAUUUUGCAUUGGAGAUUAGGUGUACGUGAUUGAGUGUAUUUUUAAUAAAUCAUCAUGAUUCGAGUGAUGUUAAUAAAACAAAUAGGGUAUAUCUAUUUGUUUGAAUAAAAAUGAAUUUUCAAUGUAGAUAUCAUUGAUUAUACAAAACUGUUUAAAAAGAAGAAAAGCUUAUGUAAAAACUUAUACAAAAACACGAAGCAAAAUUAAAACAUUCGUACAGAAAUAAGAAUCAAAUUUAUAGAUGAUUGCAGACACAAUUCUUUGCUAAACAGAUGAAAAUAAUUUCGUUUAAUUGCUCGCAAUAAACUAAAAUAAACUAUCGAUUGUCGUCAGAAAAACGUGAAUUCGAGAUGCGUGACACUCGAACAAAUUAGAAGAAAAAAACGGGAAUGUGGGAGGUGUUGAAAGGAGAGAAAAAACUUUGAGCAUCGAUCUUGCGCCCGAUGCAGUUACUAUGACGCGGGUUGUCCAAUACGUUCAAUUGUAUCCACUUUGGAAUCGACAGGUCGCGUGGCCCUCGAGCCAAGAUCGUCGGGUCUAUAGUUAGUAAGUCUCUACCAGCUUUUGCGAAUUGGAUCAACGGCUACGCGGGGUAAACGAUGACGACGAGGAGGACGAGGACAACGUCGGCGGGGACAAUAAUGACGCCACGCGCGACGGGACUAAAAACACUGGGUCUUCCCGACGGAAUGCAGGAGGCCGAUCGAACGCCUCCCGAUGUACCCUUCUCUUACGUGGUCUUCCCACGUAAAUUCUAUUUGCUGACAUAUAUGAUAAAACAAUAGAAAAGAAAGGAGAAGACGAAAAUUUAAGAAAGAAGAUAAAUUGUAAAAAAGCAGAAAGAAGAAAAAGUAAAAAGGGGCCAAUUUUUGCGAUUCUUCCAAAUAAUAAAAAAAAAAAGAGAGAGAGAAAGAGAGAGAGAAAGAAAGACACUCGAUCUCGAAAGAUUUGAAACGAUUCGUAGAUAAAAUAAAUUUGCCUCUGGUUAUGUGUUCAAGGCUCGCUUGAUAGGAUUUAACGCGCAAACGUGGCUGAUAAGCUUCGGGAAGUAAAGAAGUCAUUCUUUGCGGCGCGAUAAGGACCGCCCUUGGUCGCAAAGAUGGACUGUUGCAACUACGUCGAGGCUUACGCGGCAGGGAGCCACUUUUAUCAACAACAACAUUACUUUUGCUAUGAUAACAUGAAUACCGAUUACGGUGGUUAUGAACCGCCACCGAUCUCCAAUGCAAUCGAAACGAGCGCGCGAUACAACGGGACUGUAACGCCUGCGUAUCCUAUAGAUUACGUGUACAAUCCCAAAGAAGCGAGAUUGCGAAAAGCGAUGCGCGAACAGAGCCGCGAAUUAUCCAGACGAUCGAUCUUGCAGAGCGCGAUCGCACGUGCGAGCGUGAUCGCUGGUCCAGUCACUUCCGGCGGCUUCCUAGAUCAUCAGCAUCGUUUCGGCUGCGUUUCCUCGGCUAACAUACCGAUGAAUUCGUCCAUGGAACCGGUUCGAGUCGCGGAACCUUGGUUUCAAUCGACGCCUCGUCCAAAACCGAUCCAUUCACCCCGAAUGACCGAUUGGUACGGAAACGUGGCUGAUCCUAUCGAAAGACUGCAAGUAAUGGGUGCAAUGCAUCAACGUGGCCUCGAUAAAUGCAAAGACGUGAUGAGAAAUCAGGCUGUGGCCAGCGUGGCCAAUACCGUGUCUGCUGAAUGCGGUGCUACGUUUUCGAAUAACGGAUAUCCGGUCGAUUUCAGCGAUGUUAAUAGGGAAAGGGAGUUGCGUCGUCAGGAGAAUAUGGAGUACAAUGAAUUCACUGAUGGUCAGAAAUGGCAUCCUUAUCAGAAUGGCGGGAAUGCUCAUCAACAUGCCAGAACGUCUCAUCCUUCUCAAAUGAGCAACAUUCUUCACCCAAACAUUCAGAAUCCUGGUCCACAUGGACAUGGGCCAUGGGGUCAAUUUUGCCAUAACGUAUUACCACAUGCUUCGUCUAUGCCUCGAAAUAUUGGAGUUCGAGGGCCGCGUCACACCGUGUUAUUACGGGAUCGUGUACCCGUUAGACACUGUGAAUUUCCUGAAGAAACAGCGCGAAUGAUGUACAAUCCAAGCAAACUCGAUAUUGAGAAUAUGCCAAGAAUGCUAGAAACUUCAGUAAAUUCUGUUAUGGAUUCUGCGUCCGCAAUGAGGAUUCGUCGUGAAGAUGAUGGACCCAGAUGGGAGCCAAACGCUAUAAAUAAUAGAAUGUCUAUGGAUAACCUAGCUGCAACAACGGAAUCUAGCAUAUCAUGCGAAAAGGAACGUGAAUCUCGGCGAUCUGUCGAAAGAUUUGAGCCGAAAAAGAAAACUGUCAGUAAGCAACCGUUGCCUGGUUUUCACCAAGCAUUCGGUUCUACAGAGAUCGGCAGGUUCUCCAGAUCUGAGUUUUUCGUGAAUAUGGUGGGCGAGAGUGGUGCAAGCGUGGAAGUCGCCGACACGGAAAGUACUAAUGUAAGUACGGAUCGUAUGUCAGAGAUAAAUGGGGUUGCAGUUACAACUGCGACGCACGAUACAUCCGUGGUCACCACGACCGCAACGACGACCGUGAGGUCAUUCGAUGGCGACGAUAGCGAGGAAGCGAGCUUCGAAGAUUCGAAUAACGACCUCGUCGCUUCUACGUCGAUGGGCAUGUAUUGUGACCAGCCAAAUAUUCCUCGAUGGCAUAGUCCUCAUGUAGGCGCUAUAGGUAGCGAAAUUUAAACGAAUCUUUAAAUUCUUUCGUGGGCUAAGCGUUUUCCCAUUGAAAGUCUUACAUAGAAUUCUCAGUCAGUUAUUUUCAAAAGUGUGAACACUAAAACAUUUUCUCAUAAUCUUCAUUCUGGAUAUUCUGAACUGUUGCAUCCAAAAAAACGAUAAAAAAGUGAUUAAAAAAUUGGUAUAUUUUGGGAUAUAUAUAUUGCACAUAGAUAUUUACAAAUUCGAUUAAUUAUCAAUUUUAGUAUUUUCAAUUUUGCAUGUAUGAUUAAAUUAUAAAUGAAGUUGUAUUUAAUAUGAAAAUUUUUUUAUGAGUCUACAAAUGUUGCAUUUAUUUAUUAAAUAAUUAGCCCUUGAAAGAAAUUAACGAUUCGUCAGGGACGUGAAUUAUGUCCAAUUGUUUUUAGAAUUAUAAAUUAUUUUCUUCGACGUUCAAAUAAUCUGAUAAUAUUUUGUAUAUGGAGGAAGAAUCGUUUGUUGUAAUUAAUAAAUUUCAGCGAACUUAUUUAAAUCAAUUUCUUAAAUAAUUAUAAUUUCUUUUAUUUGUACAAAUAUUUUUAGGACAAAUAUUUUUAAUUUGUCAAAAACUAUAAAUGACGUACGAAACAUCCCGACAAACCACAUGUUUUACUUACAUGUUUGUCGAGAUUGUGCCUUUAAAAGAAUUGUGAAACUAUUAACACAUUCUCUGCCCCAUGUACUAUUUUCGGUAUACAUUGAAACUUAUUUUCAGGCCAAGUGAUAUUUUUAUCAUUGAUAGAUAAAAUAUAAAAAAAUUCUUAAAUUAAUUUUCAUUAUACGUAUUUCCUAGUUGAAUGUUUUAUUAAUAUAAAAAAAAGCAGAGAUAAGAAGGAGAUUGAUAUGGCCUGAAAAUAUAUAUUUAUUCAAAAAUAAACUGGCAGAAAACGUGUUAAAGGUCUUCAAAAUUAAUUGAAUCAAAAAAGAAAAAAUCAAAAGCAGCACGAUAUUUGCGAGUCUCGUACGUCAACUAUAUUAAGCUGAGCAACUUUCAUUAAUAUAUUAAUAUUGAAAUUUUUGAGAUAAAAUAUUUUAUAUGAUUUAAAAAAAAAACAAUUUAAUAUAAACUUUCUUCCUUCAAAAAUUUCAGUUAUCAGAAUAUUAUUUAAGAUAUCUUUUUAUUAUAAAAGAUAUUAUAAAAUAUUAAUAUAAUUUGUAGGUUGCUUAUACUUAAUAAAGAAAUAUAAUCAAAAUGUGUCGAUAAAAGUACUUAAUCGGCAUCUUCCAUCAAGUUGUUAGAUAUCGCCGAUGAUACACUUAAGAUUAGUGUACCAACGAUGAAUUAUAUGAAUACAUUAAAUAUAUAUAUAUAUAUGUAUAUAUAUAUUUAAAGAAUAUAUUGUACUUAUAUGUUUAAUGAAGGAACGAAAACGCGCGACGAAGAAAUAUAUGAAUUAUUUAGUAGAAUAAUUAGGCGACACGUAUUGCCGCGCGGAGAAACGUAUAAAUAAAAGUGAUCAUUAAUAUUGCGAACGUAGGAAGUCGAGAAGCCGACGAAUACAUGCACUUCUGUUCGUGAAAAAUAUGUUUCUCUUAAGGGUGUGUACGGUAGUUUUGCAUUCAGAACUCUUUUAUUUCUCGAUUGCAAAAAAAUUAAAUAUUGAACAAAAAAAAAAAAAAAAAAGAAGGAAGAAGAAAAGAAAAUAUCGCCACUUAGUAUAUUAUUGUUCUAAAAUAAGUAAAAAAAUUGGAUCAAUUUUAUAUGUUAAGAUUGUAGACAAAUAUAGAUAAGAGUAGUUGUAAUGCAAAUUCGAAAAAUGAGGCACAUAAGAUUUAUUGGAAUUUUUUAUACAUCCAUUUUAACGUAUAUUUAAUAUUCCAUUUACUAUGAUAACUUUGGGACCUUUUGAAAUUAUAAAACAGAAGAAAAAAAAUGUUCGCAUUAACAUUUCUGAGAAGUGCGAUAUUAUAUGCAAUAAUGCAAAAUUUAUUUUACUCGUUAAGUUCAUAGUAAAAUCUAUUAGUAUUUGAAUUAAUAAGAAAAUACGGUAAUAUUUGGAUAAGAAUAUUUUCAAGCAGAGAAACUCUCAUCUUUUAUUAAUCUGAGUUACAAAGAUUAUUUUUUGUCUCAUUUUGAAAAUAAUAUAAUUUCUUAUUUGUAUUUCUUUUAUAAUCGAGUUCUGAAUCCCGUGCAGGCACCUAUAACUCAUGUUGAUUGAUCUAUCGGUACAUCGACUUGACAUAAUUCGUGCCAGCUAUCCUGUACCUAUAAUGGGACCAAAUUAAAAGAGAAGCUUUUAUUUCGCGUUCACCGUCGCGCUUACGUCCCACGUAAUUUAUCGCGUAUGAAGAACCUUCCCUUGUUUCCGUUCGCUCGAUUGCUUCGAACAAAGAGGCAAGAAUGUUCAUGUGAAAUACCGCUUAACACACUCAAUGUUAUUUGAUAUAAAAUAAUAAAAAAAAAAUACAUUUAAAGAUUAUAUUGAAUUUUUUCUAACGAGGAUAACUUUAAAGAAAGAAAUU